AUGGUCAACACGACUCUCCCUUCAGAGUGUGCCAAUUUCGCAGUACCUCUUGACUACACCACGCCAAGCAAUAAAGGUACUAUAAUGCUCCAGAUCAUCAGAAUCAAGGCCCAGGUUCAGCCCGCCAAGGGUACCAUUUUCCUUGCUUUGAAGGACCAGGAUCUGAUGGGCGAGCUUCUUUGGUCUCAGAAGCACCCACGCUGCAAGCUUACGUAUUCCUUUUAUAUCCCUUUUACCCAAGGUGAAUUUGAACAUACCAUUGCAAUAAUGUGGAAACAAGCGACCACGAAUGCCGAAGUCUGUUACGAAGCGCAUAAAAAGACACAGCCAGGUCUUGGGACGGCGUCAGUUGCUCGAGAUCUCAUCAGCGUUAUUGACGCAUUUGUUGAAGACGGCAUGCUUCGAUAUUGGGGAUUCUCAUACGGUACCACUUUGGGCGCUACAGUUGCGUCCAUGUUUCUAGACAGGAUCGAUAAACUCGUCAUGGACGGCGAAAACCCCCAUGAGUACUAUCAUGCAGCUGCGUAUGUAUUGUAA